AUGUCUGUUAAUCAAAUCACAUAUCCAGUUGCCGACGAAGUGGUUCUGCAGAUAGGUUUGGAUAUCCAGCAAGUAUUUUCAGAACUUGCUCUCAUUAACCCUGAAAAUAAUGAGAAAUCAACUAGUUUUUUUAAGAAACGUGAAACAGAUGAAACAAUAAAUGAAAUGGAAAUCGAUGAAGAAAUCAAUAGACUUAAAAUAGUUGAGAAUAAGAAAACACCACAUGUGGCGGAACAGCUUGGCGACCGUAAAGUUCUUUCAAUUGAAGAUAUUAAAAUUCUUAGUGAGCUUGAAUAUGUAUCUGAUUUCUUCUGGGAUAAAUAUAAAGAAACUCCAUUAUCUUGCGUAAGUUCAGGAAUGGUUGACGAGAAGGCGGUACUUGUUGCUUUAGUAUGUCUACCCAAAGGCACGCAAGUUAAUUUACCUGGCGAGUUCGAAGGAUAUCGUGUGCUAAUAGACUAUGGGGAAAUUGAACCGGCUCAUCGUAAACGUCAUGAUGAGCUUAAGCCUGGUAUAAGUAUUGGUAAUGUUAUUAAUCCCAAUAGCGACCAAACAUUUANGCUUUCUAACCAUGGUAUGACACCUAGGGAUAAUUGCGCUGAAGUUAUGUAUACUUUUUAUGGUGUUGACGAAGAAGGACGUUUUCUUGAUUAUGCUUUUUGCAAGAUCAACAAACGAGAAAUAUCAAUACCUAGUAACAUUCCAUUUGGAACUGAAGUUAUUAUUAAAGAACAUAAACAAUCCGUUGAAAACGAUCCAAAUAAUCAGAAGAAAAAGCUCGACUUUAUUAAGGUUGAGAAGGUUGGUAGGACAACAUUCCAUACACAUGGGCCUAAGAGUUUAUCUAGAGAAGCCUCUGCUCUAUUCGUCUAUGGAAAUAGUGGAAAUUUUGGUACUUAUGGAGAUUCGGGUUCACCUGUUUUUGAUAACAUUGGUAGACUGUGGGGUAUUUUUCAGGGAGUUUACCCAAAUAGCAAUCAAGCUUUUGUUAUUCCCAUUCAUGUAAUUUUAGAUCAUGCCGAAGCUAGAACUGGAAAGAGGUUUAUACUAGUGUAA